CAGGACGGCCCCUCCCCACUUGGUGUCCCUCAGCUGGGACCAGUAGAUGAAGGAAGACCCUUCCAGCUGCCCCCAGGCAUCUGUAGCAUCCUCAUGGGGGCAACCGAGACUUCCUAAAAACGUCUUCAAGUCCAACACAAUGAGCACCUACCAGAAGGAGACGAGGAGCUAUGAAGACGAGGACGAGCUGCUGGCGGCGCUCUCCUGCAAAGAGCUCCAGCUGCUGCAGAAGGAGCUGGACGACCUCCACCCAGACGAGCGCAUCCCCAUCGGCUUCAGGCAGAGGGACCAGACGAACAAGAGUCCCACUGGACGCUUUGACAGGGACAUGCUGCUGAGACUCUAGGAGGACCGGAACACCAGGAAGCAAAGACAGAGGGGGCCUUCAGAUAGGAGGAGUCCUGAGGAGCGUGGGAAGAUCUCUCAGAAGGUCAAAGGCUCACCGAGUGAUGAGGAGAAGAAGGGCGAGGCAGCAGACGCAACAAAAAUUAUGGCGGUCUGCGACUGCAGAGCCAACGGGAAACCCACCAUCGUCCAGGAGGUCCUGGAGAAGGUCCUACGUGAUGACCCGUCCACCAGCGAGGUCAACCUCAACAACAUGGAGGACGUAUCACAGGAGACGCUGCUCCGUUUGGCCGAGGCCCUGAGCACCAACACGCACGUCCGCGUCUUCAGCCUCGCCAACACGCACGCCGACGACCGCGUCGCCCUCGCCAUCUCCGAGAUGCUCCGCCGCAACCGCUCCAUCCGCAGCCUCAACAUCGAGUCCAACUUCAUGUCGGGUCACGGCAUCCUGGUGCUGUUGGCGGCGCUGCAGCACAACCGCACGCUGGUGGAGCUGCGCUUCCACAACCAGAGGCACAUGUGUGGAGGCAAGGUGGAGAUGGAUAUGGUCCAGCUGCUGAGGAACACCAUCACCCUGCUCAAGCUCGGGUACGGCUUCCACCUCCUGGGCCCCAGGAUGGCGGUGACCGCCAUCUUGACCCGCAACCAGGACCAGGAGCGACAGCGGCGGCAGCAGAGGAAGAAGGAACUCGUCCCGCUGAGGCAGAAGAAACCAGCAAAGAAGACUUCAGCGUCUUCUCGAAGCAACCUUCACUCUGUGGCCACACCCACCAGGAAGAUCGCAGAGAUGGUGAAACAACACAACGUCAAGGCGCCGUCCAAUCAGCGGAGAGCCAAGUCCAAGAAGCUGAAGAACGGCGGCAAUGAGAAGGAGAGUGUGGACAUCCUCAAAGAGCUAAAGAACUCCUUGAAGCCGCCGCUACAGAGGCGGCGGGAGGAGGUGGCCCUCCUGCUGCCGCCGCAGAGGUCCAGUCACGACGACCUGAUGGCGGCCAUACGGGGGAGCAGCAUCAGGUCCUUGAAGAGCGUUCCUGUUAGUAAAGACCAUGAGAGCACUUAGGAGAGUGAAGGCCUGCUGGCUUGAGAAGAUGACAGCUCCUCUCUACGCACGUUCAUCUUAUAGUCCAAGGCGACAUGAAGGUGCCACCUAGUGGCCUUUUAUCCAUACUACAGACCCAUUCCCGUCCUGUUCUAUGGUUGCCAUCACACAUUGUACUCGCCAUCACUUGCACCCUUCUGUGAUGACGUGACAAAAAAGCAAAAGCAAAAGCCAAGUCGUUGAUUUUUGAGGCAUAUUUGCACAGCGUUGGUUUCAUGAGUGUUCCUCGUGCCCUUGGUGCCCCCUGCUGGUCAUGACAAAGACCGCAACACUUGUCUCGGAGCUCCCUGCAACAUCAGCGUGCUUUUUCUUGACCAGAGAAAUCAUCACUUUUCUUCUUUCUUUAUUGAACUUUGCUUUGUUGGUGUCACAGACAAAUGCCUGAUUCACAAAUAUCCCCCACACUUUUUCCUUUUUUGCAAAUGUCACGUUUGUAAGAGCAUCACAUUGGC